GUGUAUCCCUCAAUAAAUAUAACAUAUGUGUGUUAUAAUGUAUCUGGUUUUGGUCUGCAAAACAUGUGUUAUGACCUACUGCUUAUAGAUUUGUGUAACACCAUACUAAUUCAGGCAUACUACUCUCUGAUCUGAUCUUCAUCUUUUCAUCAUAACUGGUCAGUUAUACAUGGAGCCUACUCAGAAUAAAACUAUUUCUGGCUUUAUCCUGUUGGGUUUCUCUGAUGUGCCUCAUCUUCUCCUCCCACUCUUCUCCUUUUUCUUGGUUGUGUAUGUCCUCUGCAUUGCAGGUAACUCAUUUAUGAUUAUGCUUAUUGUAUCACAGCCCCAACUUCACACCACAAUGUACAAUUUGAUGGGGAACCUUGCCUUUGUGGAUGUGUGUUUUACCUCUACAAUCAUCCCUUGGUCCUUGUAUAGCCUUCUGUUCAGAGACACCCAUAUCUCCAUCCAUGGCUGCUUCACACAACUCUUUCUAUUUGUCGCAGUGGCCAGCAUGGAGGGUUAUUUGUUGACCAUCAUGGCCUUGGACCGAUAUUGUGCAGUGUGUUUACCCCUUCGUUACCUGAUAAUUAUGAACAGUAGGACCUGUAUCUGUCUGCUGGCUUUCUGUUGGAUCAUUGUCUUUCUCCAGUCUACUUUCUACACUGUUUUGACUUCUACUCAGACAUUCUGUAGUUGGGUUAUCCAUCAUUACUUCUGUGAUGUCCCUGUACUAAUGAAGUUAGCUUGCUCCGAAAUCUCAGAAGCUCUACAAAUCGUUAACUAUACCAUAGUUUCCCUCAUCAUCGUUGGCCCAGUACUCAUCAUCCUUGGGUCGUAUGUACUCAUUAUCAGAGCAGUGUUGGCUAUACAGACAUCCCAAGGAAGGAGCAAGACCUUCUCCACCUGCUCAUCUCACCUUACCAUGGUCAUCCUCCUCUACAGCACAAGCCUAUUUAUGUACUUCCGGCCAAUGUCCAUUUACUCCCCGACCUAUGAUCGGGUCAUCAGCGUGGUGUCCUGUGUCAUUAACCCAACGCUCAACCCCUUUAUUUACAGCCUGAGAAACAAGGAUGUGAAAAACGCUGUAAGAAGAAGUCUAAAAUACAAAUAAAAAAUGCUACAGGUUAAGGCAAAACUAUAGUUUUCUAGUUAAAUUAAUACUGUAAGGAUUGAUCAUUUUGUCAUUAGCUUGUUUGACCACUUUUGAUCUAUUAUACAUAGACAAGUACAGACAUACAUGUACGGUCAGUAAUAUGAAAACCUUUUGACUGUCUAUGAAGGGCUGUGAUAAGUAUGCUGCUCAAUGUGUACCCUUUUGUUACCCAACCACCGAAAAUGUUGUUUUUAAUU